AUUUGGAGUAAAUUCUGUGUUAUGCUUUUUUAUUUGUUCUAGACAAACCCAAGAUCCACAUGGAAAUAAGAAACCAAACAAGAAACUUUCUGCUCCUGGGAUUCACAGAGGAUCCAGACCUGCAGCCUCUUCUCUUUGGGUUAUUUCUGUCCAUAUACCUGGUCACAUUCACUGGGAAUCUGGCCAUCAUCCUGGCCAUCAGCUCAGACUCCCACCUCCACACCCCCAUGUACUUCUUCCUCUCCAACCUGUCCUUUGCUGACAUCUGUUUCAUCUCCACCACCAUCCCAAAGAUGCUGCUGAACUUCCAGACACAGAGCAAAGUCAUAACAUAUAAAGCCUGUCUCAGCCAGAUUUUUUUUUUCUUUUUGUUUGGAUGCCUGGACAAUUUAAUCCUGACUGUGAUGGCCUAUGACCGCUUCUUGGCCAUCUGUCACCCACUGCACUACACAGCCAUCAUGAAUUCCCGGGUCUGUGGGCUGCUGCUUCUGGGGUCCUGGUGCCUCAGUGUCAUGGGCUCCCUGCUUGAGACCUUGACUGUCUUAAGGCUGUCUUUCUGCAUGAACAUGAAUAUCCCACACUUUUUUUGUGACCUUCCUGAAGUCCUGAAGCUUGCCUGUACACAUACCCUCAUAAAUAACAUAGUGGUGUAUUUUGUGGGUAUUGUUCUAGGUGUUUUUCCUCUCUCUGCAAUUCUCUUUUCUUAUUCUCAGAUUUUCUCCAACAUCCUGAGACUUUCCUCAGCCAGGGCCAUGUACAAAGCCUUUUCCACCUGUGGGUCUCACCUCUUGGUGGUUUCCUUGUUCUACGGCGCAAGCCUUGGGGUCUACCUCAGUUCUGCAGCCACAUCAUCCUCUAAGACAAGUCUGGUGGCCUCGGUGAUGUACACCAUGGUCACCCCCAUGCUGAACCCCUUCAUCUACAGUCUGCGGAGCAGGGACAUGAAGGGGACCCUGGAAAGACUCCUCAGCAGGGCAGCUUUCCUCAGUGACAGGGCUAUUGCAGGACUCUCAUAA